AUGGAUGAUAAUUACUGUUCUGAUUCUUCAGUAACCAACGCCGAUCAAAUGGAAGAGCUUUGUCUUCUUUCUAUCGACAGAGGAGCAUGCAAUGGACGUCAAACAAGAUAUGCCUUCAACAGACAAACAAGUCAAUGUGUACCAUUCGAUUACACAGGUUGCGGAGGUAACUUAAAUAACUUUGCCACAUUGGCUGAUUGUAUGGAUACAUGCGGAAACGUUGGAUUCCGACGAUAA